AUGAGACCAGUAGGGUAACAGUGACUUAACACACAUCAAUCCCGUUAUUUCUCGUAGUAGAUAUUUCCGUAAGUAAACCUCGAAUAUACUGUACGUGGCAACGAUCUGGUUUCCAACCCAUUGUGAGUUAAGUUUCUGUCGAAAAGGACAAAUUCAAUUGCAAUUUUGACAAAUAUAAGUGAGUAAUAUGGAGAUACGAAGCAGUACGAACUACGCUUGGAACACAAAAGAUCGUUUGGGCGAAGGAGCGACAGGGGCAGUUUACAAAGCCCGACACAAGAAAACUGGUGAAACAUUUGCAGUGAAAGUUUCUAAUAAUCUGGGGAUGAUGAGACCAGUAGAGAUAAGGAGAAGAGAGUUUGAGGUGCUGACCAAGUUGAAUCAUGAGAAUAUAGUAAAGUUGUAUGCUAGUGAAACCGAGCUCAGAUCGCAAAAUGAGAUCAUCGUCAUGGAGUUGUGCUCAGGUGGCAGCUUGUUUACACUGCUUGAAAAUCCUGCAAAUGCCUAUGGCUUUAUGGAAGAUGAAUUUAAACAAGUGCUUAAAGAAAGGCAUGGUUCACAGAGAUCUCAAGCCUGGGAACAUCAUGAGAGUGAUUAAGGAUGAUGGAAGCUUUGUUUACAAGUUAACUGAUUUUGGGGCUGCAAGGGAACUGGAAGCUCAUGAAGUCUUCAUGUCUGUGUACGGCACAGAGGAAUAUUUGCAUCCAGAUCUCUAUGAAAGAGGAGUGCUCAGGAAACAUGCAAACAAGACAUUUGGUGCAAUGGUUGACUUGUGGAGCAUUGGGGUAACUUUUUACCAUAUUGCUACAGGACAGUUGCCCUUCAGACCAUAUGGUGGGCGACAGAACAAGGAUACCAUGCAUGUGAUCACAUCUAAGAAGCGGUCUGGUAUGAUUUCUGGAGUUCAGAAGAGUGAGGGGGAGGACAUUGAGUGGAGUGACAAACUUCCUGAUCAUACACGAUUGUCUCAGGGUCUGAAAGAACUCUUGACACCAGUAUUGGCUGGUAUUUUGGAAUCUGACCCAGCAAAUGCAAUGUCGUUUGGAAAGUUUUUUGUCAGUAUUCAAGACAUUUUGUCACGGAAGGUCAUCGAUGUUUAUUCGGUGCAUUCAGCUUCUUUCCACAAGAUCUACAUGAAGCAGAGUGAUACCUUUGCAAAGUUCCAGGAACUCAUUGCAGUACAAACAGGAGUCAGUGCUGCUCAGCAGAAAUUGUUUUUUAAGUACGAUGAGUUCAAGCCAGAUCCCAUGGCUCCUUCGUCAUCCUAUCCUAAGACAUCUGAUGACAUCUUCAUGGUGAUGACUGGAGGAGAAUACAUGUCUCCAGAGCGAUUAUCCCUUUACAAAAUCACCAAUCUCCUCAAACUACCAACGGAAAGCACUUUGGAAGUAGAUUCAUCUACUUCAAAGAUGAUGGCAAAUCGUGCACAGUGCUGCAAGUAUGCAGUCAAACAAUACUUCAGGGCAACUAAGGCAAUGCUGGUGACCAUUGAAAGCGUCUUAAAAAAUCUCAAGAAGGAUAUGAUGUUUUAUGUUUCUUUCUGUAAACAAAUGGAAUCAGAAUGGACUGCCCUACAACAGAUCUCUGAAGCCUAUUACACAAGCCAGAUGCACCAUGCCUGGGUGUUUGACGCUCUCCUGUCAAAACUAACAGAACCAAAGGAUGAGGUGAAAGUGAUUUUGGAGGAAGUGCAAGACAUACAGAAGUGGUCAGAGAGUAAGAAAGAGAGUGAGGGGGAGUUGAACAAAGCCUACCAGAGAAAUGACAGGAUGAAGACACUUAUCUCUGAAGUCAUAGAGACUGACAGAUUCCGUGCUUUCUUGGAAGACUUCACGAAGGACACCGAUGACCAGUCCUUCUUCAAUUUGGUGUCUACAUAUACAGGAAACAUUGAAGAAAUUUACCAGAGCUUUCGGAAAGACAAAUACCACAGGAGACUUUCGUAUGCAGAUGAACAAAGACACAAGUUUGACCGGGAGAAGUUGGUUGUCAUGAGCGAUAAGAUCACCAAAAUUACUGAAGAAGCUGUGAAACACAGAAGUGCAUUACAUGAAAAGCUUGUGGGGUGGCUUAAUGAAGUAAACCACUGUUAUGAAGAGGCAGAAAGCUUGCAUUCUUCAUUUCUGGGCCAGAAGCAAGCUCAAGAUGCUUUUCUUAUUUCGUUGCGAUCGGUUCAAGAACAAUGCCUAGAGAAGUCGAAAAGGAUUGUUGAGAAGCUCCAGAAACUCAUCACCUCUCCAAGCCCAGUACUGACUGCAACAGCGCCAGCUGCAGCCGCCCAGAAUGGUUAUGCUGAUCCGGAUAUGAAUAGUAUCACCGUGAACCAACUUGGGAAUGAACUUGAUUCGCUGUCAAUGAUAACUAAAGAAGCAGUCCAAACAGCUCAACAAAACACCCAACAAAUUGAAAGGGUUGUCAGAGGUUUUAUUACGCUGUAUACAUCACUCAACGAACACAUGUCGAAAGACGUCAGCCAACUUGAGGAAACCAUCGGCGAGGAAAACAUGAACUAGCAGCGGUUGUCGUGACAAGAUUGAAUACUCCAAAUAAAUGUGGGCAAUGAGGUGUGCAACCACAUGCGGUCCUAAAAUUUCGUUGGGGCAAGAAAUCGAAAACAUCAGGCGUCCAAACUAUGUUUUUGACUUCUAUUGCGUCAUGCAGUUUUGGACUCCAGCCCUCCCGCAGUUUUAUCAUUUUGGAGUGUUCAUUCUUGUGACGACUUUGAGGAGAUGACCUGACACAAACGAACAGCGUCACGCGCUACGUGUCGGAACUAGCAUCCCCUCAAGCCACUGAGAUCACUCGGUCCAGCCACAGCCAUACCAUGUUCAACAUUACAGGCUUCCCAUCUCUCAGCCUGGUCUCUGAGCAACAUGGACAAUGAAGAGCGUUAUAAAUUCUCAUCCGCUCGGAUCCCUAAUGGCUUGGUGCUAAGACUGGAUUUCAGGCUUGGCAGAGCUGCAAGCUUCAAUUGAGUUGAAAUCAUAACGAGUUAAUUUCUAAACAAAUGGAGUAUGUUGCUGUAGAUUUGUAAUUCAAGGAACAGCGUUGAAUAAGCGUCAAAGAAAUUCAGCUCCUAAUAAAAGUCAUUUUAAGAUUAUUAUAAGCUCAACUGAAAACAAAAUGAUGUUCUGUUUUCAGUGUGGUUUUCAUAAUACACUAUUUCCUGUAAGAGCUAUUGUGAAAUUUAAAAGAAAAACUAAUGCCUUGUUUUUCUUUUAAUUAGAUGAGAUUGUGUUGUUUAGGAAACGAAAGUCCUCCAGUUUAGCUGGUACUCUCGGCCUUAAUACGUGGCAUAUGUAACCAAUAUGAACUUAGAAACAAGAGGUGGUAUUUUACAAGUGUGUGGCUGCAUAAACUAAAAUAAUUCAGUUUCGAAUUUUUUUAGUUUUUGUUAUCUCAAGUGGGACAUUAAAAUUUUUUUCAUUCUUUAUGUGUUAAAAAAAAGGUUUACAAUAAUUUGUAGGGAUUAUAAAAACAUUUUCUUCUUGAUUGUGCUUGAAAAGCUUCUUAUUGUAUGCUGAUUUCGUUGCUAUGCAAUGUAAUGUAUUCCGAACUGCUUUCUUUGUGAAUUAGUGCUUAGAAUUCACGUCUUUAUCAUAGCUUUGGAGCAUAAACCCCAUUGUCAGCAUGAACCACAACGUAGCAACUUUGUAGUUCAUUUAUCUUCUAAAGUUUGCUCUUGUAGAAUAUUAUUUCCCAGUUAAUUCUUUUUAGUGUAGUACAACUUGGAGAAUUUCCUCGAGUACAGUAGACCUCACAACAGUGAGCAGUUUUGGCAUGUAUACCCUAAUAAGCAGUCAUAAUAUGUUGGAUGUAAAUCAAAGUCUGUGUUGUAAACUCAGAUACGUAUCAUCAGGAAUGUUGGCUGGCCGUUAGCCAGCAGUCGUCUAAGUUUAGCGAAGCCUACUGUAGGCUCUCUGUAAGCCAAUAUUUCACUAAUUUUGUCAGUUUUGCUGUGAAUUAGAUUAGAAUAGAGUAUGUCGUGAGGAGAAGUAGGUAGCGCAGAUUUAACUACUCAAAUCAUGCAGUUUGUGUGAAACGUAUAAUACGAUAAGUUUUAUUGAUAUUUUAGAGCGAAAAGCCUGUAACCGCUUUUAGUUGAUUUUUGUAGUAAUGCAGUUUAAUCCUGGUCAAUUAAAUAUCAAAUCGAAUAAGGGCUAAAUAAAUUAAAGGUACAAAAAAUGCUGA